AGUAAAUUAUUGGGAGACACAGCAUAUGACCUUCUUUGGUACAAGAUGCGUCCAAAAGAAACUCGAUUUUUAAUACCCGUGAUAUUAAGAAGUCAAAAUGGAUUUAUUUUGACAUUUGGAAAAUUUGCUAGUCUUUCUAUGGAAAGCUUUAUGGCUAUUAUGAAAGCUUCAGGAUCGUACAUAUCAGUCUUACUUGCUAUGACGUGAAGAAGAAAUAGUAC